AUGACAUUGCCAACGCCGAUAAGUUCAGCCAGCAGCCCCUCUGUUGCAGUUUCAAGCUAUCCUCUACGAUCAUCACCAUCGUCUCUCUUCUGCAAGAUUACUACUUCUUCUUCUGACGCCAUAUCUUGUGGGUCUCCUUCUUCUUCUUGUUCUUCACCGUCUUCACCAUUCAUGCUUUGCUUUCAGAAGCCACGGAGUAGUUUCAGGGCUUCGAAGGAGGCUUCAGAGCCUUCGACUUUGAAGAGUAAGAGACCGGUUAAGAUCGAUAUUCCAAUUUCGGCUUCGAGUUUUGCGACUGCGAUGCCUGUUCCGGUGGAGAAGCAGAGGGAGGUUGAGUUUGAAAGGAAUGGGAUUUCCGUUUACUGUAAGAAAGGAAGGAGAGAAGCCAUGGAGGAUCGUUAUUCUGCUGUCUUUGAUCUUCAGGGAGAUCCCAAACAGGCUUUCUUUGGUAUCUUCGAUGGACACGGAGGUGCAAAAGCUGCAGAGUUCGCAGCAAAGAACAUGGAUAAGAAUAUCAUGGGUGAAUUGAUGAGGAGAGGAAGAAAUGAAAUUGAAGAUGCUGUUAAAAAUGGGUACCUCACCACAGACUCAGAGUUUCUGAAAGAGGAUCUCCGUGGUGGGACUUGUUGUGUUACAGCAUUGAUCACGGAAGGGGAUCUCGUGGUCUCUAAUGCUGGUGAUUGUCGUGCUGUUAUGAGCAGAGGGGGAAUCGCAGAAGCCCUCACCUCGGAUCACCGGCCUUCGAGGGCGGAUGAAAAAGACAGAAUCCAGACCUUGGGUGGCUAUGUGGAUUGCUACCAUGGUGUGUGGAGAUUACAGGGGUCUCUAGCUGUAUCAAGAGGAAUUGGAGAUCGAUCCCUCAAAAAAUGGGUUAUAGCAGAGCCAGAGACUAAAGUUUUGAACAUUAAACCAGAAUGCGAGUUCUUAAUUCUAGCCUCUGAUGGCUUGUGGGGCAAGGUUGGGAACCAAGAGGCUGUAGAUAUGGUUCGUCCUCUUUGUAUUAGCACUGACAAGCCAGAGCUGAUGUCUGCAUGCGGAAAGCUUGCAGAGCUUUCUGUAAUGCGAGGCUCAGUUGAUGAUAUUAGUGUCAUGGUAAUUCAAUUGGGUCGCUUUAUUUGAUUGAUGAAUCUCUCACUGGGAAAGAAGAAAUCCUUGUUCGAUCCAAACUCCAUAGCAGAUACCAAUUUCAUUCUGUCUGUGCAAGAUCCUUGAGCUAUUGUAAUUUCCUUUCCUCUACACCCGAUUCGGAUUGAGGGAUUGGCGUUCUUGUCCAACCUUAUUCAUUCUAUAGGGCGAGUGACUUUGCACCUCUCCCGCUGCUUCAUUCUCUUCCGAAAAUUCUCACUUCCGUCCACAUUUAUUCAUUGUUUUAACCAUUUUUUCAGCUAGAAUUUCAAAUCUCCAAUAAGGAGAAUACUGACCACUGAUAACGUGUACUGAUGUUCAUAAAUAGGUAUAAAAUUCUUUGUUUAAUGCAAAAUUCUAUCAGUC